AUGGCCAAUGAAGUUCAAACAAUAUUGAGAAAUACAGAUGCAGUUUGUUUUGAUGUGGAUUCUACAGUAAUUCAAGAAGAGGGUAUAGAUGAGCUAGCCAGAUUUUGUAAAAAGGGUGAAGAAGUAGCUAACUUGACAACCCAAGCUAUGUCAGGAACUAUGACAUUCCAAGAAUCUUUGAGAGUACGUUUGGAUAUUAUACAACCAAGUCUAUCACAGCUCAAAGAAUUUAUUAGAACUAAGCCUGCAACACUGACUCCUGGAAUAAGGAAACUGGUAGACUUGUUACACUCCAGACAAAUACCUGUGUUUUUAAUUUCUGGUGGAUUCAAAAGCAUUAUUGCUCCCAUAGCUAGUCAACUACAAAUUCCAUAUGAAAACAUUUUUGCCAAUAGGAUGAAAUUCUAUUUCACAGGUGAAUUUGCUGGUUUUGAUGAAAAUGAACCAACCUCAAAGAGCGGUGGAAAAGCGAAAGUGAUUGAACAUUUGAAAAAGAAGUUUGGAUUCAAAAAUUUAGUUCUAGUAGGUGAUGGUGCCACAGAUCUUGAAGCAUGUCCUCCAGCAGAUGCUUUCAUUGGAUAUGGUGGAAAUGUUAUUAGACAUACAGUGCAAGCAAAUGCCAAGUGGUUUGUGACAGACUUCAAUGAAAUAAUAAAUGUUAUGAUGUAA